AUGUACUUCCCAACUCAAAUCCUCCUCGCCACCUCCCUCCUCAGCACUCUCGUUCUUUCUAUCCCCCAGGGACCUCCUAUGAAUGGUGGCGGUGGCGGAGUUCAAGGAAAUUGCAACUUCUUCUGCUGCGAGCGCAAUCUCGUCACCGGCGGCACCCUCUGCAAAAACAACACAGCCAUUCCGCAUCCAUAUUCAGAUGAUUGCUCGACAAUGCCGAUUGGAAACAAGCCGAAUGGGGAUGGAAAGGCGACGCCAGUUUGCUGUGCGAAUCCGAAUUGUGCGGGGCAGCCGGGAUGGUGGACGCCGAUUACUAAUGUUUAG